AUCAGCUGUGUCCAAUCACAGCUGAUCACAUGACACUGUUGAUCAGUGUGCCCUAAUGAUCAGUGUGGCCCCAGAAGUGCCACCUGCCAGUGUCCAUCAGUGCCAGCUGUCAGUGCUGAACAGUGCCACAUAUCAGUGCCCAUCUCAGUGCCCAUCUGCUGCCCUUCAGUGUCACCCAUCAGUGCCAGUCAGUGCCACCUAUCAAUGCCAAUCAGUGCCACCUAUCAGUGCUGCCAAUCAGUGCCACCUAUCAGUGCCAGUCAGUGCCGCCUAUCAG